CGGGAGAAGGAGGAGGAGGAAGCUUUCCUCGUCAGCCUCUACAAGUUCAUGAAGGAGCGGCGCACGCCCAUCGAGAGGAUCCCGCACCUCGGCUUCAAGCAGAUUAACCUCUGGAAGAUCUACAAAGCCGUGGAAAAGCUGGGAGCCUACGAGCUGGUGACGGGGCGCCGGCUCUGGAAGAACGUCUACGACGAACUCGGGGGCAGCCCCGGGAGCACCAGCGCGGCCACCUGCACCCGGCGCCACUACGAGAGGCUCGUCCUUCCCUACGUGCGGCACCUCAAGGGCGAGGAGGACAAACCGCUGCCCCCCAGCAAACCCCGCAAGCAGUACAAGGUGUCCAAGGACGACAGGAGCAAGAGGGCCAGGAAGGAGAARAGCCGCGAGCAGCUGGCUCCGGACAAGGGGAAGGCGGAGGCGGCCGCCGGCGCGGAGGAAGCGCGGGACRCCCCGGAGCGGGGCCGGGCCCCCGACGGACCCUGCAGCCCGGCCGGCCCGGCCCCCAGCCCCUCGGGGGGCUGUCCCAGCCCCUGCAGGACCCACAGCGAGACCUACAAGCGCCUUUUCUCCAGCUUCUACUCCAAAGGGAACCACCCCAUCAUGUCCCCGCUGGCCAAGAAGAAGCUGCUGGCGCAGGUGAGCAAGGCCGAGUCCUUGCACUGCCACAAACGCCACUGCCCCGAGGGCCGGCGGGCGCCGAGCGACACCGGCCCCGAGCCGCCCCGGCCGCUCCCCGGCCCUCGCCCGGCUGAGCAGAGGAGCCCGGAGCCGGCGGGAGCUCAGGACAGAGCUCCGAGCGUGGGGAGCGAGGUGGGGCCGGCCCCCAGCGCAUCCCCGGGAGGCAGAGACAGCCAGGGCUGCCCGCGGGCCGAGGACGGGGCUCCGGCCCCCGCCGUCUUCACCGGCUACUUCCACGCCUACCGCAGCGAGGGGCCCCAGCCCGGCGGCUGCCCCCCGUUCUGGGGGUACUUCUCCAACCUGAAAGAUUUUUUGGAGCCGCCCUCCGCCUUCCCGGCGCGGCCCGAGGAGCCCGAGCGGCCCCAAGAGCUGCGGAGCAAAGCGGGGCUGCCGUGGGAGGGCCGGGGCGCCGCUGUCCAGGCCUGCUGGGUGCCCCCCGGAGCCGCCUUCGGCCACAACGCAGCCCGGCCCGGGGACGGCCGCGACGASGASGAGGAGGAGGAUGAGGAGGAUGAAGAGGAGGACGAAGAGCCCUUCGGCCCCGUGGCCAAGUUYCGCGCCGUGUCCCCCUUGGCCAAGGAGGGCAGGGACAGGGGGUCCCGCUCGCCCGGGGGCCACCGGGGGCUGGCCAAACCCAAGGCCGUGGUGGCCACUCCCGGCUUCGCCGCGCCGCUGCCGCCGGACGCUUUCAAGGGAGCGGCGCUGCACUUCCCGGGCAGCUUCGGGGGCCCCUUGGAGCACCUCAAAACCCAGGGCGUGCCGGUGACCCCGGCCCUGUCCGUCAAYCCCUUCGUGAUCCCGGCUUUCCCCAGCCCUUUGGUCGUGGGCUCCGCGCAGCCCUCGGAGCUGUGCCGGCCCCUGGCCAGCGGCUCCGGCCACCUGCCCGCGUCCUACGGCGAUUCGCUGCGGCAGCGGCUCUACCCGGCGGCUCCGUGGCACAGCCGGCGAUCCUACAGCUCCCCGCACGUCCCGGCCUUCCAGCACCACGCCAARCCCUAGCGCUGCCCUGCCACGGGCACAAUUCCCCGCGGGGAAGGGGACGGGGACGCUCCGGAGCCCGCRGGGACGGGGCUGGCAGGGGACAAUCCGGACUCGGUGGUUUUUACUCCUGAUCUCAGAGCUCUUUGUAUCCGGCGCCGUUCCGGCAGCGCCUCCGCUGCCGGCAGCCUACGGUUCUCUAUAUUUUCUAUAUAUCCACACAAAAAUCUAUAAAAAAGGGAGCAAAAGCGGUGCUGGGGGUUUCUGUUCUGCYGCAGAGGGGAGGGUUGUUCCCAUCCCGCUGUGCCCGGGAUUCUCAGGGACUCCGUGGGUCCCCCUCCCCUAAUUUGGGGUUUGAUUGUGUCGCCUCCAUCGGUGCCCGGGAUUCUCGGGGACUCUGGGCUCUCCCCUCCCCAAAUUUGGGGUUUGAUUGUGUCACCUCCAUCCAGAGCUCCGGAGGUUUCAGGAGCCUGGAAAGGCUCCGGCCACUCCACACCCAGAACCUGGCGCUGUUUGGGG